AUGGCUGUUAAAAUAUGCAGUCAAACUGAGACGCACAAAUUCGAACGGGAGGCUCGACAGAUGUCCCGCAGUGGACAUAAGAAUAUUGUACGUCUAUUUGGAAGUUGCUUUAAAGGCGACUGCGGAUACUUAGUUAUGGAUUACGAAGAGUGUGGAUCCCUCUAUGAGUACUUGCACGACAGGGAACAAAGGGAGUAUACCAUGGCAAUGGCUAUAGACUGGAUGAUUCAGUGUAUUCAGGGUAUUAACCACAUGCACUCCAUGAAGCCAAGACCGUUGAUUCAUCGUGACCUAAAGACUGCCAAUCUACUCUUAUCCCAAAAUUACAAGAAUUUGAAAAUUGGAGAUUUCGGCAUUUCGACGGAUCUGAGAACAAUGAUGUCGAGUUUGGCUGGCACUGCCGGCUAUACAGCCCCAGAGGUUGUAUUAAUCGAAAUAUUGCAUACAAAUCAAUACAAUCCAAAAUUCAUACAUACACAGGUUCUCAGCGGAAAGAAGUAUACGGAAAAGUGCGACAUUUAUAGCUUCGGGAUUGUUCUAUGGGAGGUGAUGGCGCGCAGGAAGCCAUUUCAUCACUUGGAGAAUCAAACUGCAUGGGCAAAGAUAUUUGCAACGGACCGCGGAGAACGACCAAAAUUAAAAGACAUAAUACCGAAUUGUGAGAAAUUACAACGUCUGAUCGAAAAUUGUUGGGAUCAAGAACCGAAGAACCGGCCCGCAGGAACACAAAUUGAGCUGAAAGACAUUCCAUGCCUUGAUAUUAUAAUGCGACCCUAA